AUGAUUCUUUUUACCGUGGAACAGUUGGAACUUAUUCGACGAUUACGCAGUACCGGCAUUUCGCCAGCACAAGUUGCCGAGGCGUUUCGGCAGCUCGAACAAGUUGAUAAUUCAUUGGAUCAGCCACUGCCACAACAGCCGUCUUCGCUACUAACGAGUUUGAUGACGACGAUAGAAGCGCAAUCGUCACAAACUGACUCACCGAGUCCGAUGCUUCUGCAGGCUUUGCAAGCACAACCACCGGUACCUGUUACCAUAUCCGCCUCACCACCAGAGGUCAGCACCUCAGCAGAAAGGCUCAGCAUCCAAACUGUGCCAGUCGCUUCUGCUGCAGCUGCAUCCGAGCCCACGACCUCUAGCACUCCAGACACGUCUAUCAAUGUCUCCGAGGCUGCUACGAUCCCCUGCACAGCACCGCCAGCUACAUUGCCGCGAUACGAGAAUAACUCCGGCGGCCGGCCUAUUCGAAGUCUGCGCACUCCGAUGAAGGAAAUUACCACGUUGGACAGACCAGAAGAGCUAGACGAGUUCAUGGUGCAAGGCGAAGAGGCUUGCAUAGCUGACAUGAAGCAGUUCAUCACGCAAUAUUCACUCCGCCAGACUACUGUUGCCAUGAUGACCGGCGUAUCGCAACCAUAUAUCUCCAAAUUGUUGAACGGCAAUCAUCGCGAAUUAUCGUUACGAUGUAGAAAGAAUAUCUACUGCUGGUAUUUGAAUUGUCGACGUCAUCCACAUAAACUCUCAGUAUUCUUUGCUGAUCCAGCGACAAGACUGGAAACAAAUGGGGACGGCGAGUUGGUCCCGCAACGAAGGGAACGAUACGUCUUCCGACCAAUUCUGAUUAAGAUUCUGGAGGGAUUCUUCACUCAGUCACCAUUUCCAGAUCUCAACAAACGAGUAGAGAUUGCAACAGCCUGUAACCAAGUGCUACAAAUCGAGAAACGAGGGGUCGCUCUAAUGCCCAAGGAGGUUGUCUCACCUCAGGUGGUUGCUAACUGGUUUGCCAACAAGCGAAAAGAACUGCGACGACGUUCUCAGGAAGCCAACGAACAAGCCGCCACCGUCGCUGGUACAGCUCCGAGUAGUCAACCACAUACGCCGGCUCAUAUUGGAAAUGAGGAGGCGACGAGCUCUGGUGUUGGCUCGACUCCGUCACCCAUCAUGGAAGAAGCGGAGACGAUGGAUCAGGCAGAUGUCGAGACGCGUCCGCUGGAUGUUAUGGCAUUAGCCGCCCGACUGGGUAUCGCCUUUCCGCAACUGGCUGCCGCCGCUGCUGCCAGUUCCGCUGAUUCUUCUUCAACGGAUACGCCGUAUUCUCAAGCGCUACCUAUAGCGACCUUAGCGUCACAUCUGUUGGCAGCCAGUCAAAAUUUUGCUGCACCCUUCAGCGGUGGAGGUGGCGGCGGCGGUGCCAGCGACGAAGCACAAGCUACAUCUCCGGUUGCGACUGCCACGGGAGCCAACCAGCUUACAAUGGCCUCGUUGGCGUCGCAACUGCUCCCGACAACGAUGCAUUCCAACCUGUCGCUGAUCACUCCCAGUCUUCAAAUGCUCAACAAACAACUGCCAGUGCUCAAUGAGCUGUGUAACACAGAACAGCAACAGCUCGACACAACUACCGAACAGAAUCUGCUUUCGAUGACCUACGAUCAAAUUCACCCCUCAACCACACUGCUGAAGACGGAGCCGAUGGAGUGA